CUGACUCAUUGAACGACCGUUAUUCCAAUCUACUUGAUGAAGUUUCUUCUCAGACGCACUCCGCAGUUUUUUGCUUCACCAUCCUGACAUCGCCAAUCCUGGGGAUUAAAUGCGACCGCAGUAGACACUUGACCUUGAGGCACACGAGGCGCUGCGGGGAAGCCUGAAUGUCGAAGUCGCGUGUAGUAUAAGAGCCCCCCAUUCCAGACAGAUUUCAUUAACAAACAACCACUGUUCAUUCUCAACAUCAUGCACCAGGCACUUGGAAUCUCUGAACUUCUUCAAAACAUCUUUCAGUGGAGCGACAGAAGAACCAACGUUUCGAACGCACUUGUCUGCAAAUUGUGGCAAAACGAUGGACUGAAUGCGGUUUGGCGUGUAAUUACCGACCUUCGAGAUCUUUUCAGGUUUUUUGGACCAACUACCACGCAGCAUAUUGGGCAAUACUGUUUUGAACCUCCGCUUACUCGCGAAAGAUGGACGUUGUUUCAGGAACGCUAUGCAUGGCGCGUUCACAAACUACGUUGCGAACGUAUGGAUCCCGAUGAACUUUCCCUACUCGACACGAUCGCUCGAUUUCAACAUUCCAAGCCAGUAUUUCCCAACCUCCAGGCUAUCGAAUGGCGUAUUGGGCUCGACUCUUGUGGUUAUGGAGAUCACAGUGUCAUCUUUAUGCAUUCGAGCGUGAGGAGUUUCCAGUUGUUUGUCAAUAAUGAAGUCGGAUAUGACAUAUUUAAGGAGUACUCGAUCGCCGUCUCGGACUAUAUGCCGUCCUUGAAGGUGUUCCAAAUAGAGGUGGGAAAAAACUCGCAAGCCGCACUCAACGCUUCAUUGACUACAUCACUUGGCGGACUUCGUUCCGUUGAAACGAUAACUCUCCCUGCCUUCGCCGACCUUUCUUGCGCCUUCGACCAUCUCACUCCUCUCAACGAGAGUUUGAGAACACUUCGAUUUACCCGAGCAUUCGAGGAUGUUGGUAGCGAACAGAUGCCUCCUCUCAAUAGAGUCCGCGCCCUCCCUAACUUAACAGAGCUUUCCCUUCAUACCCCUUACGAAACAUUCACCCACUUCCUCCGCGAGAGCAAUGACUUCGCACCCCGACUCUUGCGUCUGACAAUCUCGUCUACAUCCCGACGAAGAGAAGCGCCUUGUGCGAUAAAAGACCUCCUAGAAGUGAUAUCCCACCAGUUUACGGGUAUGCAAAGGCUAGCACUUCGAUUUGAUACGAGGUUCCCACCAGAAACCUUGCCUCAGACUCCUAAUGUCGCCGAAGUUGUCCAUUUCGUUCAUAUUGAACCAAUCUUGGGUUGCAAAACGAUCACUCAUUUCGCGGUUACCCACCCGUUGCCUCUCGUCGUUCGCGAAAAGGAUGUGGUCAAACUGGCUUCGUCGUGGCCCUCCCUUAGAUCGAUGGUUCUAUGUGACGAUCCUCAGGUUGAGGGUUUCUGGGAGAUUCAUGACCAGCUAAACCUCCGAGCUCUUCUGCCACUCAGUCGAUCCUGUCCGCUGCUCGAGGAGCUUCGCAUGCGUGUCGUCGCUGACAUCCGUAGUGAGAACAGUACGGAAGAGGAGAUUGUCCCUUUUCGACGUCUUACUACGUUCUCACCGGGAAACCAAACGCUUUUCUUCGAAAAGGUAGACGUGAUCGGUGUAGCGAUGUUCUUAAGCCAGCUUCUACCCACCAGUUGCGAAAUCAAGUUUGAUACGUGCUGGGAUCCAGAAGGUAAAGCGAUGAUGACUUGGAACGGGACUUGGAGUGAGGUGAAAAAGGGGUUGGCGUACAUUGAGGAGUACGAGAAGAGGGGGAAAGAUAGGAAAUGUUGGAAGCAGGUAGAAGUAGCGAAGAAGCCUAGUUGAGAAGUCGGGGAAUUGAAAUUCUAAUCAAAUUAUAUAUUUAUCCGCGAUGACUGGGCGGAGGCGUUGAAUAAUUGAGGUUGAAAAUGUCUAUUAUGCCUCUUGAAAUCCGUG